AUGGGUGGCAUUAUGUGCAUCAGCUUAGUCAUGCUGGUUCCUCCUCAUCGUUACAUGGAGAAGAUAUGCAAGAGGAUGCCAUUAAAGGUUAAAUAUGUCACCAAUGAUGGUGAUGAGUUUCUGGGUUACUACGAUAGGAUACAGGGUCGAUUCACUGGUUUGAAGCUCAUAUGUGAUCAUUUAGGCAUCGAGAAUUUGAAUGCGUUUACAACGCUUGUUUUCUGCUAUGAUUGGACUAAGAGGUUUCAUGUGUCAUUCAUUGAUGGGUACAACAUGGAGAUUAAUCUGAAUAUGAAUCUGAGAGGAGAUGCUUUGCCGGAAUCUAUUAGGGUUCCUUCAUUCUUCGUGAUCGAAGUGAAGCCUUUUCACAUGCUACCGUAUUGCUAUGGAGUGGACAUUCCUGUUGAAUUUAAGAGAGUAACUGAGAUGUGGGGACGAAAUGUUGAAAUUAGAGUCUAUAAAGGGGACAUCAGCUGGACACUGUCAGUUCAUAAGCGUGCUGAUUGGAAGUGCACUUGUAUUCUCAAUGGAUGGACAACAUUUCGUGACGAUGUGCAAUUGGGUAUCGGUGACAAACUUUAUUUUCAGUGGAAAGAUGAGUCCUACAAAUUUACUUUUGAGGUAGUUAAGGCUGGUAACUGA